GGGGUAAUACAAACGGCUCCCAAGAUCAUCACGUAGACGAGUUAUCUGAAUUCUGAAGUUUAUGCAAUAUACUGUUCGACGCAAUCUUGUCAUGCUGUGACGAAUUGAUUUUAACUCAUCAUCGGUUUGCUUGAUUCGAAAUCUUGGUGGGUUUCUCGGGGAAACAAGAAGGAAUCGAGAAUGAGUGCGACUAGUUUGGUCGCAGAGUCAGUGUGGAAGGACAUUCAGUCAACUGGUUCAGUGACGAAUGAUCAUCUGUGGGUUUUGCAUUUCUUGUUUGGCAAGAACUUUGAGCGAGCCACGAGGAUAGUGGAUCAGAGAGGAGUGAAGAGGAUCUGUGGUGAGCCAAGUGGACGUUCCAUAUUUCAGGUUGUCGGAGAAUCUCGGAGGAAGGAAGAGUAUUUCUGUUUUCCCGAACACUAUUGCGCUUGUUACUCCUUUUUCUAUGACAUAGUAAACAGAGGAGAACAGCUGUGUUGUAAGCAUCAAUUAGCUGCAAGACUUGCUGCAUCAUUAGGGGCAUGCAUUGAAGUUAAGGUGUCUGAUGAGCAGCUAGCAAUAUUGCUUUCGAAACUCUGAUUAUGGAGAGAAGUUCAAAGGAUUUGUGGUUGAAGAGAGAAGAGAGUUGGAGAAGCAUUUUGAAGCACUUGAUUAGUUUUGGAGAAGCAUUUUUUGCACAAGACAAUGGGGGGUUGCUUUAUCUAGCUACUUGGAACUCAUUCAACCAAUUUUUAGGGAAUGAGUUUUUUUUAGCCUUUAAAUAGAAAUGCUUAUAUUGACGAACAUGUUAUACAAAUUUUUUUUCUAAUUUUUGUACAGUGACUUCUGCACGAUGGUUUAUGUUUAAAAAUGUUCAUUUCAUGUUUUGGGAUA